UGGUCGCGACUCCCGUCCUCGACAGGCGGGCGCUGGGGGUUUUCCGUGCGGCGCUGCAGCGCGGCGUUUUCUCGGCGGGGUCCGGCGGCACAGCGGGCGGAAUGGCUGUCCGCGGCUUGGCGGUGGCCGUACUGCUGGCUUCGGCCUGUCUCGCCGGUGUGUGUGGGGAUGAGUUCAGUAUCUUGCGCUCACCUCAGUCAGUUGUUUUUCGAGAUGGAGGCUGGCCAAUCCCUGGCGAUCGGAUCCCAGAUGUAGCUUCGUUAUUCAUGGGCUUCUCUAUUGAAGAGGACCUUCCCUGGCCUGGGCUUGCAGCGGGCGAUCUGUUUCACAGGCCCCGAGCUGCUGUGUUAGUGACUGUGAAAGGAGUGGACAAGCUGACAUUGCCUGCAAAAGGAAUCUCUUACCCUAUCGAGAAUGCUGUUCCUUUCAGUCUGGACAGUGUUGCAAAUGCUAUUCAUAAUUUGUUCUCUGAAGAAACUCCUGUAGUCUUGCAGCUGGCCCCCAGUGAAGAACGAGUGUACAUGGUGGGCAAGGCAAACUCUGUAUUUGAAGAUCUUUCUGUCACGCUGCGCCAGCUGCGGAACCGCUUGUUCCAGGACAACUCCAUUCUCAGCUCCCUUCCUCUCAAUUCACUCAGCAGGAACAAUGAGGUUGACUUACUUUUUCUCUCAGAACUGCAAGUUCUACGUGAUAUUGUAAACCUGCUGUCCCGCCACAAGCACUUGGCCAAAGAUCAUUCUCCAGACCUGUAUUCCCUGGAACUGUCUGGUUUGGAAGAAAUUGGAAAACAUUAUGGAGAAGACUCUCAGCAAUUCAAGGAUGCUUCUCAGAUUCUUGUAGAUGCUUUGCAAAAGUUUGCAGAUGAGAUGUAUAACUUGUAUGGUGGAAAUGCAGUAGUAGAAAUGGUGGCUGUAAAGGCUUUUAAUUCUCCCCUCUCAAGAAAAGCUCGCUCCAUUCUCCAAUCUUCACAGGGUGAUACAGAUAAUCCAUAUAACCUUGCCUAUCCAUAUAACUACAACUACUCUGUAAUCUUCAACAUUAUUCUGUGGAUGAUGAUAGGCCUUGCUUUAGCUGUGAUAGUCAUCUCCUACAACCUCUGGAACAUGGAUCCUGGCUAUGACAGCAUUAUUUAUAGGAUGACGAAUCAGAAGAUAAGAAUGGAUUGAACUAAACUGUAUUCCAGCACAGGGGAAUGAUGAGUAAGAUCUCCUUUAAGUUGAGUGAAAACAAAUAUGUGGUUAAUUGUGGAAUUUUAAAAGGUGUAUUUAUUUCUAAGUAUCUUGUUUUUCCUCCUCUUAAGCCUAUUUUAAUAGUUAGUAAGUAGCACUAGAUUGGAUUUAGAAAUUCAAAUCUACUUGUUUAAAAAAGUAAAAAUCCCCCAAACUAACUGUUAUUAAAGUAACAUCAUUCCAUUUUUUUUUUAUCAUGUUUUGGAAAUGCCCUGCACUGCCUGUGACUGUGUGCAAAACAGAUAAACUGAAAUGAUGAUAGCAGAGUUGUUUGGAACUUUUCCACAGGGAGAUGAUGAGUUCUAGCUAAAUUGUUGUGUUGUAUAUUAUGAACCAGUUGUAAAUGUUUGAUGUAAAUAUUUAUGAUGUAACUUUGGAGAGGAUAGUUAUUAUUCUUUAGUAAUAUAUUAAAUGCAGAAAUAUUUCUAUGAGAUUAGGAAACUAGUGGCAGAAAUGGCAUUUGGAUCACAUGAUGAUGGCUUAAAUGUGAACUGCAGCUAAAAUGGCUCGGCUUACCUUGAGUUUUAAUGAUUUGGAGAUAGUGUGGCUGGUCUAUACAAUAGAGAGUCUAGAAAUAUUGAAAUAGCACCAGUCUGAUCAUAGUUUAACAUUGCAUACAGCUAAAAGUUCCUGUUAGGAUGCUUUGUAUUCCUUCCAUUGUGUUGAUAUUAUUUAAAAAAAAAAAAAAAAGACUUCUUGAUGAUAAGACUGGACCAACACCUGAUUUAAAUAUACCUGGAUUGUAGUCCUGCUUCAAUCAUUCAAUAAAACAAAGAACAGUUCCUGAA